GCGCUGUGUUUCUGACCGGAUGAAUCCAGCAGGAGCACCAGGUCAGAGCGAACAACCUUUACCAUCACAAAAGUUCUUUAGUGGAAGCGCUUUUGAAACGUCCCUUUGACUCGUGUGUGUGUGUGUGUGUUUAGUGUGUGAAUCCGGACAUGUAGCGGGGCAAAAAUCAGCAGAAACCACAUCGUUUAGCUCACCAGCACGGACUGGUUUGCUAACUUUAGCUCUCGUUACUCGCUCGUGCGUAUUUGCCCCCGCUUCAACGGAACCGCGCAUGCAGCACGUUUCGCUUUUGCACAUCAGCUGAUUUAAAACGUCUGUAGAUGUCAUCCGUGGUUAGUCGGAGCUCUGUGCGCGAGUAGUGUGCCUUCAGUCCAGGUGAAACGCACACCAGUUAUGAAGGGGCUUUUGAGGAAGAUGCACAGCAUCUUUCUAAAGAUCGCCCUCUUCCCGAGCACGUGGGGCAACGCGGGGCCUCGGGCAGCCGCCUCGGAGGUGCUGACCUGCCACCUGCUGCAGCGCAAGCUCCCGCCGUGGACUUCGUACUGUGUCCGCUACAGCUCCGUUCACAAUGACCAGUUCGGACUGUCCAACUUUAACUGGAGGGUCCAGGGAUCCAACUACCACAUACUGAGAACCGGCUGUUUCCCCUUUAUAAAAUACCACUGCUCCAAAGCUCCUCCACACAACCUGGACUUUGAGGACACAUUUUUCACCAUUUUGAAAGUUAUUAAUCUGGGCAUCCCUUGUUUGGCCUAUGGCCUCGGCUGCUGGAUGGUGGUGGGAGCUGCAGAAACAGUGCAGACGAGUGUCGGACCAGUCACAGUCUAUUUUGCCUACAAAGAAGACGAAGGCGCACAGUACUGAACCAUGAAUACGAUUCUUUUUAGUGUAUUUGCAAUGUGUGAUUUUUGCAAAACGGUUCAACUGUUCUGGUGGGCUUAUGGCCCAUCCAUUGUCACUAGUGCUCCUAUUGUCUGACUGCCCAGGUGUAUUUGUGUUUAGUUAUUUAAGAUUGAAGAGUUGCAGUUGAGCCACUAAUGCACGUUGUUAAACUGACACCCAAUACUUAGUGUUGUUUUCAGAAAGCAAACUUCAACAUUUGACGGAAAGUUAAGGACUUUUCAAGCAAUCCAUCAUUUGUCUCAACACUGGAUGUUUUGUAAGCGAUGUUAAUGAACGUUGUAUCUGCCUCCAGUGCACACGUCUUGAGAGUACAUGCGUUGUAAAAGUACAUAUUUCGCAACAAAUAUUAAAGGGUGUUACAUGACUGAUGAAUGGUUUUACUGCAAAAUAGACUAAACACCCGUCUGGCUCAUAAGGGUCAGAAAGCUUCUCAAGAUUUUGUAUUCCUUCCUGUUCAAAACAAUUCUCUACAUUAGAUAUUAAGUUGAUACCGAGUGGAAUUGUUUAUUUUACCCCACCAAGUCUUUUGCUUCAUUUUGUGGAACAGGAUUUAAAUAACCCUGGCUCAUUUAUUUAAAGGUACAUUAGUAAUCACUCUGCAUGCAACAGAUUGUCGAUAGUGGUGGAGUAAAACCAGUGACGAGACAGGUCUGAUAAAAUAGGUUUUAAUUACCAAAGUGUGGCGUUUGAAUAGAGACAUGUACACCCUUCCCUCUGGGCCGUCACUGGCCUUUGAUUUCUGGUAAUGUGCUUUGCUGACAGCGCACACUUACUUCUGCUGCCGAGUCCUGCUCCCUCUGAGAGGCAGGCUGACAAACUACCAUAUUGAUUUCUUCACUCCCAAGCAUCUCCUACUAAUAGCAUUUAUCAAGGACCUCAAUUUUCUGUCCGUGUCCUCUUCAUUUUCGGCAACAAAGAAGCCGAACGAAUAAUUUCUGGUUUUACAUGUAAAUCAAUGCACCUUUUGACCUUUUUUGCACUUGAAGGCUCCGAUCUCCGAUCCAACCCUCAUGCGGAAUUCAUUGCGCGAAACCCUCUGAAACAGCAGGAUGACACCACACUAUCUCUUAAUCAUACUAAUUGCCUUAAACAUGGAACAUUUAGACACACUUAUGGAAAUCUGAUCCAUAGUAUCAGGCUGCACUUAAAUCCCCCUUCUUUUAUUUCCAACCUUUCAUCAGGACUGAAAAUGUGCAUGUGGAAUGCUCAGGGAACCAUGUCUUAAUUACUCAUUGACCCUUUGACCCACAAACCACAUUGAUACCAGCGUACAGCCGGACACAAUUGCGUGGGGCUGCGACUGACUGCUGCUUUGUGUGCUGCUUUUACAGGAUGAUGUGAGUGAGUGAAAUCUAAACUGGGGAGCAUGUGAGUACAUUGUAUUUGUUUUCAGGGCUUCACCUUUGAGUCACUCUAAACUACCGGGGAGGGCGCUCCGUCAGCGCCGCCAGAGGCUCAGCGUUACACAGCGAACCUCAGUCAACACCAGUGCGGUUUAGGGUAUCUGGAGUUCAAACGAGCUGCUGUAAAUUAACAAAAUAUAUCAGCAUUUGGUGUGAGAUUGAUACUUUUUAAUAGCCACGGCAGC